ACUACUUAGAAGAAGACUAGCUUAGUGUAUCAUAGUGCAAGGAAUGAGAACUGAAAGUUCGGUAGAUACCUUGAACGUGAACGCUUCCAUGAUAUCCUCGGACGUGCUAGAUGCACAGGGUCCUGUAGACCCGGUCCCAUCAUCUCUUGGAGAAUCAUUUCUCUUCGGAUUCGCGUCUACCACCACCACAUCAUCAUCCAAUUCAACCCCCUUGGAGACAAGUAAGGACAACUACAGCAGCAAAACAAACUCAAUACUGCCUCCCGAAGAUGGUGAGAAUUUCCCCUUGGGUUCCUUUGCCACGAAAACUGCUCGUCUCGUUGAUGGAACGACACUUGAACUUAAGCCAAAGAAGAAAUCACCAACCAAUCAAUUUACCACUUCUUCUAGUACGGGUAAUAUGGAAUUUUUAACUGAGACAUCAUCUACUUCAAUUGUAUCCAUGGACAAGCUCUUUGCCCAAGUAACUUUCAGGCAAUCGUUGAGGGCGUCAAAUGAGAAACUCCACAAGAAUUCAAGUCGUAGUCGUCAAGGAACCACCACCACAGGCACGGCAUCGUUAUGGACUGAAAAAUAUCGACCAUCUAACUUCAUGGAACUUUGCUCUUCUGGGAAUGACAGACAAUACCGGUCUAUUCUCCAUUGGUUGAAGAAAUGGUCUGGGGUGGUGUUCGGUGAAGACGUAGUUCCACCUCCAGCUCUGGGGCGAGGCUUUGCCAACCAAAACAGCUCCUUUGAUACGGUGGAUGACCUUGGAAGACCGUAUAAGAAGAUAUUGCUUGUACAUGGACCACCGGGGGUGGGAAAAACCCUCACGGCUCAUAUGUUGGCAGAACAAUUGGGAUACUCGGUGCAAGAAGUCAAUGCUGCCAAUUCGAUGGAUUUACUUCCUGGAGGUGGUGAUACUUCCACCACCAAUGCUCUCAAAAUCAAGAUCAUGAACGCUCUCACAUCAAAUACGCUUACUUCCAAAGGAAGACCCACAUGUUUGAUCAUUGAUGAGGUGGACUCAAGUGUUAACUCUAAUGAAAUCAUCCGUGUACUCACAGACUUGGUGUACGCUGAUAACCGUACUACAAACCAUCCAAACAUUGCGCAAAAGGGGAAGCCAUUCCAAUUGAACCGUCCAAUCAUUUGCAUUGCUAACGAUAUUUAUUCCGGUGGUCCUUUUUCAAUGGAGAAAUUGAGACCACAUUGUGAGAUGGUGGCAUUCAGGAAACCCAUGUCUUCUAGAGGAGCAUCCGGGAUCCGGACCAGUGGAAAUGCCCAGAGAUCCGUUAAGGAUUAUUUAAUGAAAAUCAGUGAUGCGGAGAAGUUGGGGUUGGAUAAUCGAGGCAUAGGUGAAGUUGUAGAAGUUUGUGAUGGGGAUUUAAGAGCAUGUAUAAAUUAUUUGCAAUUUUCUGGGAGAAGAAUUGCUGGAGAAGAAGUAUCUAAUAGAGGUGGUGGUAUAGCUGGACAUUCGCUAUCGCUCAAGGAUAACCAACUCUCAUGGUUUGCUAUGGUUGACCUUUUAUUCAAAAGAGACCAGAGUCUUUCCAAGGAUGAGAAUUUCGAUGUUCUAGUUGAUCUUGUAACUAAUGGGUCUGGGAAGGCUGCAAGUACAGGUGGUAACAUUGAAAAAGUUAUUAAAGGUUGCUUUGCCCGGUAUUUGGAUGUUGAACACUACCAGGAUGAUUCCUUGGUGAAACCGGGCAUUCUUAGUGAUUGGCUUAGUUUCUAUGAUACUCUUGGAGGUGGGGGUGGUGAUGGAAUAGCCUCGGAUAACUAUAGCCCUGCAGUGUGUAUGAAAAUAUGGUCUCUUUUCAGUGAGAUAAAUCCUAAUAAGGGUCAACAACAACUUAUCCCCAACGCCAAAUCUCUUGAUUUUGAAUCAUUUGAACAAUCCAAACAAAAUAAAGCCAUAUUGAAGCGUGUGGUGAAUUCAUUACCAUUACCCCUUCGAGUUUGUCUUGGUGACUCUAUCGAUUCGAUUACAUUUCCUGGCUACUUUUUACCUUAUUUGGAAAAAAUGUUAACUCCAGGUGCUACAUUAUCAUCAAGAAAUGAUGCAGAAUAUGAGCAGUUGAUGAUUUCUCAUAUUGCUGAAUUGAUCAAGUCGUUGGAUAUCCGAUUGGAACAUCAUAGAGACUUGGAAACACAUCAAGUAAGGCUAUUGUUCUCUCCCGAAUGGGAAACAAUGACCCAAUUCGAAACACUGUUAGCACCUAUGUCACCAGCUGUUCUCGAUAAGUUUGUUCAGAAUAAACGACAAUGGAUGUUCCCCAUGAUAAAAGCGGAAAUGGAUAAAACAGAUUCAUUUAUGACUAAGAAACGAACGUUGGGCAAAUUGGAAAGAAGUAAGAUUCCAGAUAUAGAUGAGGAUGAAAAGGAAUCGAAAAGAGCCAGAGUUACUACUAGUGCAGACUAUUUUAAGGCCAGGUACGAUGAUUUGGCAACUCAAAUUAAAGAUGACCUGACGAGCAAACCUGUUAACCAUGAGACUUCAAGAAUAUGGGUCAAAUAUCAUGAAGGGUUUUCCAAUGCGGUACGUAAAAAUGUUGGAUGGGAAGAUUUGUGGAUACCGACGCACAAACUUGAUAAAUAGAUGUAUAUAGGGAAUGGAAAUAUAAAUAUUAAGAUGAAGAGUGAAGUGAAGUGGAAGUCACUUAGUAGAGUGUAGGUGAAGGGAGUUUCUACGACCAGCUCGUUAUGUCGGGCACUCUGUGAGAAAGUCUGUGGGUACAUUUAUUAAUUAUCUUGAUAUUGUCAUUACUAUUACUAUCAUUAUUAUUAUAUUAU